UAUUCGGUCAUAGUAGUUGACAUGUGACUUUUUCUUAUCUGACAAAUUCCCAUUAUCUCUGCCGAAUUUUCAGUCAUGAAAAACUAGAAAAAGUACUUCGUUGCGGUGAUUUUUCUUGGUCGUAUUUCCUCAAUUUGCGAUCAUGCAAAAUAAAAAAGCCAAAUACCUUGUAGUGGAUACAACACCAUUCAUUCAAAAUGCUCCUUUGCAUGAAGUUGGAGAAAAUGUUCUUACAAUUUCCGAUGUAGUGGAAGAAAUUCGUAACAAAAGACAGCUGCGUCAUCUUGCUUCUCUUACUUAUGAUCUGCAAAUCAAAGAUGUUUUCCAAGAACACAUCAGUUUCGUGUCCGACUUUGCAAAGAAAACCGGUGAUUACAGUUCCCUGUCGAGUACCGAUAUAAAGUUGAUAGCACUGACGUAUCAAUUAGAAUUGGAAAAUGUUGGUCGUGAUCAUCUACGAAAGUCGCCGAUUAUGAAACGUUUCGAUAUUAAUGCUUCCAAAAUAGUCAAACCAAUUGAUCCAAAAGUUAAUGGAUUGUCUCUACCAGUUAAACUUUCAGAUGUCAAGUUGAAAAAUAGACUGGAAAACGAUGAGGUGAUUGAUCACGAAAAAAAAGAAGCUGCGAGUGACGAUGAAUACGAAAGUGCAGAGGAGGAAGUAUCCGAUGAUCAUUUUGAAGAUGUAGGAAGUGACAAUGCGUCCGAUAGCCAAGAACUGUUAGAAGAGGAGGAAGGCGAAGAUCAUGAUGAUUAUGAUGAAGAAGAAGAGGAAGAAGAAGAAGAAGAUGAUGAUGAUGACGACGACGACGACGACGACGGCGAUGAUGAUACCAAUUGGGUCACUCCGAGUAACAUUUCUAAUUUAAAACGAACUGUUCAUGGCGGAAAUUACUCUGAUAAAGAAGUCAUUGUUGGCUGUAUGAGCACUGAUUUCGCUGUACAAAACGUAUUGAUGCAGCUGGGCUUGAAAGUGGUAGCUUUGGACGGUAGAAUCAUAACUCAACUACGUUCUUACGUUUUACGAUGUUACGCGUGUUUCAAACUCACCACCAAUAUGAGGAAAGUAUUUUGCCCGAAAUGUGGUUUGAAAACACUCAAAAGAGUAUCAGUAUUCCUUGACGAAAAAGGCAAUAAAUGUAUAAACAUUAAUUUCAAAAAACCCAUUAAUGCUAAAGGAAAACGAUUUUCAUUACCAAUGCCUCAAGGAGGUAAACACGCUGUGAAUCCUAGAUUAGUUGAAGAUGCUAGAAGACCACAUCAGAAACCUUCCAGACUCGCUAGAACGAAAACUGAUGCACUUGAACCUGAUUAUAUCGCAGGUAUUUCACCUUUCGCAACUAGAGAUGUAUAUUCGAAAUCUGCUCAACUUGGUUUCAACAAAGGAAAGCCAGUAUUCAAGUAUUGGAUGCGAAGAAAUCCUAAUGAAGCGAAGCGAAACCCCAAGAAAUAAUUACAUCAAAACUUUUUUUUGUACAUAAAUUUUGUAUUUAUUUGAUAAAUAAUGUAUAAUUGUCAACAAACGUUUAUAAAAUGAUGAAUAAAACGAAUACGAAAUAAAAAUAA